AGAGAGAGAGAGGACUACUUCCUGGAAAGUCAUAGAACCUAAUUCCAGCGUUCAGUUUUACACAGAUUUUGUUUGUCAAGUUGAAACAUUUCUUCCUGCAGCCUAUCAAUAAAUCAACACGACAAAGGCAGUUGGUAGGUGUUCACAGAAGUACUACACAGUGAACAAAAGAGUACCUGCUGAGUACUUUUCUGUCAGAGUGACAGAAUGGCAGCAGCAUUUGGAACCUUUGACCAGAAGCCAAUGAAGCGUGUCAGCAGCCUUGAAUUUUUGCCACCUAAUUUUUCUGAGCUGAGGGUUGCUGUGCUGGGGAACAACUGGAAGAAGAGCUGUUCAGUCGGGAACUUAAUCCUAGAAGAGGAAAAGUUCAACACCGAGGAAGAACCAGGGAGGUUUUUGAGAGCCAGAAUAGAGAGACAAGACAAAGCAUUAUUUCUAAUCAUCAUCCCAGACUUUCUUCAACUCACCAUUUCUGACACAGAAAUACAAGAACAGCUCUCUGAUCUUGAUCCUCAUGUGUUCCUGCUGGUGCUACACAUUGACACCUUCACUGAGGAGUACGGACUGAGGCUCUCCAGAAUCCUGCAGCUUUUUAGUGAUGACUCAUUCGAGCACUCGCUGAUUCUGAUGUCAUCACAGAGGGAGGUGGGUUCGGAUGAAAACUACAGAUGCCAUACCCAUUUAUAUAACAUGGUCAAACUGUGUAAAUACAGGUACUUGAGAGAGAAGAACUUUGAACGUGAAGAACUUAUAGUACGACUGGGUCAGACCGCAAAGAAAAAAAGCAGUGACGUGAUAGAGGAGCAGGACGCAGGUUUGCUGAUGAAACCGUCUUCCAGACAUGAUCGUCUUAACCUGUUUCUGUAUGGGAGAAGAGAAGAAGACAAAACGUUGGCAGCUAAGGCCAUUUUAUGUCAGACAGAGCUUCGUCCAACUUCCAUCUCACCAGUGUGUGUACAACAUAAUGGAACGGUGGCUGGAUGCUGGGUUUCGUUAGUGACAUUUUCUUCUGUGUAUGGUAAACCUCUGGAGCUAGUAAUGAAGGAAUCACUCAGGUCUAUGUCACGCUGUGAUCCUGACGGAGUCCACGCCUUCAUUCUUGUUCUUCCUACGGUGCCCCUCACUGAUGAAGACAAAGAAGAAUUGGAAACUAUCCAGAACAUCUUUGGUCCAGAAGUUACUGACUUCACCAUGAUAAUGGCUGUGGAGGACGACAGUAAAGAGCUCUGGGAGAGCAGUGGAGACAGACAUGUUGUCGUUUACAUGAGGGACCAACAGCAGAUCUCUGAGAUGUUGGAAGACAUGACCAAUAAAGGAUCCUUCACCAGGGACAUGUUUACUCAGGCACAGAUUAACAAGGUGGUUGAUCAGGAAAAAAACAUUAAAGUCAAAGCCGAACUCGAAGAUGUCAGACAGAGAUGUCAGAUAGAAGAGGAUGUCAAAGAUCUGAGCAGAGAGCCUCUCAGGAUGAUACUGACUGGAAAGAAGGGUUGUGGGAAAAGUACAACAGCAGGCACAAUUUUGGGAAAAAAGUUUUCAAAGAAGUCAUCCUUUUCAAGAGGAAACAGAGCAGAGUCAGGAAUGAUUGAAGGUCGGCCCGUCAGUCUGGUCACAACUGCUAGUUUAUCAAGUUCAGCAAAGACACAGUCUGAGAUUAAACAGGAGCUUCAUAAAUGCAUCCGUCUCUUGGCCCCUGGACCUCACGUCUUCUUACUGGUGAUGCAAAUUGGAAAUAUUGAUGCAGAGGAAAAGAACAGUCUGGACCUGAUCAAGAAUGCUUUUGGAAAAGAGGCAGAACGUUUCACAUUCAUCCUUUUCACAGCAGCAGAUAAACUGGGAAACCAAUCCUUUGAGAGUUACAUAAAACACGAGGAUGACUUCAUUCAACAACUAAUCCAAGACUGUGGAGGAAGAUAUCAUGUUUUGAAUAACCACAACACAAACUUCGAAGAAGUGCAAGAGCUGUGGACCAAAAUUGACCUUAUGUUGAAACAAAAUGGUGGCAGCUGCUACAAGAUGUCUGACAGCAGUGAGGAAGAGAAGCAAACAACAUUGGAAAAUAUUUCUGAAAUAAAGGAAGCCAUUAAGAACAUGGAGAGAAAACACAUGGAUGAGUCACAAACAAUGAGAGAAAAAAUUAGUGAACUGACAAAGGAGGUUAAGCAAAAAGAAAAACAGUUGAGGGAGGAGUGUGAUAAAAGAAAACAUAGAAAGACAUGGGAAAUAAAAGAAGCAGAAUUGCUAAAGGAGCAGAAGAACAAAAUGGUAGUACGGAAAGAAAGAGAGCAGAGAGAAAGUACAGAGAAGAAACUGAGGGAGUGUCAAAGAGAACUGAAAAAAGACCGGGAGACUUGGGAUAAGGAGAAAAAGGAACUGUGGGAACAGAAGAGCUUGUACUUAGAAAAACAACUGGAUGAAGAGAAAACCAGAUAUAACCAACUCUAUCAACACUACAGGAACAACCAAAGGGUGUGGAAAGGCUCCCUCAUGGUCAUGGUUGUGGCAUUUCUUUAUUUGUUAUAUUAUAUUUUUCAACUUAUAUUUUAUUAUGCAAACCAAUAUGUCAGAAAAAGUGCCACAGAAGAAGACCUGUGACCAGUGAAGUGAACCGACCCUAACACAGAUCCGAAAAUUAAAUGGCUGUCGGAGUAUGUGCAAACAGAACAAGUGGUAAAACUGGCUGAGAUUGUUUUUAUUUUCGAGUAAGAAAGGUUUGCUUUAAAAAAAACAUGCAGCGAAGCCAAAGUAGUAAACGAAUUAGCCAUCAACAGAUG